GAAGUGCGUCUACCCAAGUACACAGCGGUGAUUCUAGGCUCUCAGUGCGUCGUUCCGUGGGGAAGUUUUUCUUUUCAGCAGUGUGAGUGUGUCUGUGAUUGUCUGGAGGAAUUUUCGGCCAUUUCACUGUACUUGAAGGGCCAGGUGCGGGAAUUUUUAGGCCAAGCGACGAGGGUGCUUAGAUAUCAAACAGUGGAUUCUCGGAAUUGUGACGGUUCCUAGAGGAUCUUUUCCGGACUCGUAGGUCUGAUUCGGGUUUUGUGAAAAUUGAAAGCUUCGUGGAAUAUAUCUUAUCUUAAAAUACCACGAAAAACCCAAAGUGAAAGUGGGGUGAAUCCGUGCAAACGUGAAAAAUUUAAUUCUCAAUUUUCAAGUGCUAAGCUUGGUGAAAACACAUCCGGAUCUAAAGUAUCGGCUGGAGGAAUAGUUGACAGCUACUGAUACCACCAACCACCACCCCUCCAUUUACCGUCUACGUCUACGAAGAUGAACAAAUUGGGCUUUACAGUGAAGGUGCUGCUGGUGUUGGCUCUCGUCGGCACGUUUGCAGCGGAUGCCAAGAAGAAGCCGAACAAGUACGGCGAUGGCGAUUUCGAGUUUGUUGAUGAGGAUGAUAAAAGCAAUCAGCAGUUGGACGCAGUGCAGAAGCAACAACAGCAACAAUUGCAACAACAGCAACAGCUACAGCAGCAGAUUCCGGAGAAGAAAAAGUGGAUUCACGAUCCGUCCAGUGAUCUAUGUAAACCACUAAACUGCAAAAAGAAAGAGUUGUGUUUACUGGAGGAUGCUUACACGGCCGUUUGCGUCUCGAAGAAGGAACUUCACAAGAACAAAUUCAUCAACAGCUAUAAUACGCUCUCUAACAGAGAUGAAAUCAUCACCAAGAGCAAGUACCUGGAGGAGGAAGAAGCCAAGCGAAAAGCCGAAGUUGAAGCUGAACAGUCCGGUCUGAUCGGUGGAAACAGUAAUAGCGGCAGCAGCAGCAGCAGCAGCCUCGAUUCCAGUUCCGGUGACAGCAACAAUGGCGGCAGUGGAAGCAUCACCAGUAGCAACAGCGGCAGCAAUAACAACAACAAUAACAACAACAACAACAACAACGGAGAUGGCGAUGAGUUGCUUCAGCAGGAUCAGGAAGAUCCGGAUGACGAUAGUUCCGCUCAAGAUGAUGACGUCUUCUACGACAGCGAUGGUGGCGAGAAAGAGGAGGAGAAUUGCAAGCCCUGCCCAGUGGUGAAACCGACGUUCCUCUGCGGAAGCGAUAAUCGGACGUAUUCUUCGCUGUGCCGAAUGGAGUACCAUAACUGUAUUCACGGUAGCUUGAUCAAGAUGAACUGCAAGGGAUUCUGUCCGUGCAAAGACAUGAGCCAGGCCUCGUCAGAUCUGAAGAAGCAGCAACGGAUGGCCGAUCGAAUGAACGCAUUCAACGCCAAGUAUCAGCGGACGAUCGAAAGCAACGACAUCAACGCCAACGGGGGCGGCAUGGACGGAAGCAGUUCCUCAUCGAGUGGUAGCAGCGGCAGCAAUGGCGGCAAGCUAAAGGAGGACAAGAACCGUCACUUCAAUCAUAUUAAUUCACAGUACACUUUCACCCCGGAGGACAUCAAGUACGACAACAAGCACUACAAGUACAUCAAGUACACUUCGUACAAAAGCAAGGCCCGCCAACAGCAACCUCAGUACGAUUCGUUUGGACUGUCUCCGGCAUCAGGAUCUUCAUCGUCAUCAUCGUCCUCUCGAGCUAAUGAGGACAAGCACAAAAUUCGUGGCUACAACGAAGUCCUGGAUAAACCAGUCAGCAAAUCGCCGAAAUCAUCCAACAAUGCUGCACGCUACCCGAUGAAAUCCAUCGAGUGCAAACCGCAACAGCUGACCGCCAUCGGUAACCGGCUGCUGGAUUGGUUCUCGGUCAUCAUGGCCGACAGCAAGAAGCGCCGCCAGCAUCAGCAGCAGAAGAACAAGGUUCACUUCCCGGCCGCAUGCAAACUGGAAGCCCGCUGGAUGUUCGGCCACCUGGAUCUAAACAACGACGGUGAACUGUCGUCGCAGGAGUUGUACGAUUUGGAACACGAUCAGAACGAACGCUGCAUCAAACCGUUCAUCGACACGUGCGAUCUGGAUCAGGACAAUACGAUCGAUCCGCGCGAGUGGUGCCGUUGCUUCGAGAAGACCGACCGGCCGUGCGCUGCCGUCCGAAGGCGCUUGGGUAAUGAUUUGAAUGGUUCAGGAUAUGCACCGGACUGCGACAGUCAAGGAUUCUACAAACCUACGCAGUGUCACCAGGCCGUAGGAGUGUGCUGGUGUGUGGAUGAACACGGCGUUGAGUUCGCCAAUACGCGCACCCGUGGAAAACCCAACUGCGACGAGAUUAUCAACAAUGCCAACACGCUCAACACAGACGACGAGGACGCCGAAGAUUCCGAAGACGACGAUGACAGCCAAGAGGGUAGUGCCGAUCGUUUGUUAGUUUUCUAAAGCGUGAACCAAGGAGGCGUUGAAAUGUCUCGUUUUCCUCCCAGAUUUUGUUUUUGUAGAGGGAAAAUCCUAAAGAAAAAGUUUUGAUUUCCAUCAUCCCGUCCUUUCCAUGGGUAUUGCUGUUUUUCGUUUUCUUUCAAGUUGGUUCGGUGCGAAGAGUUUCUGGUUUCAUUUGAAUCCACUGAUUUUAGUUGUUGUUGUUGUUGUUGUCAUUGUCAUAAUUUGCUGCUGAAGCAUCUUCAAUCUCAAACUUUGUUGAUUGAGAUAUUUUCCAUCCAAAACUUUGCAUUUCCAUUUUUCGUCUUUUGUUUCCCGGAAAUUUGUUAACUUGUAAUGAAUCUUACUUGUCAUUUCCCGUAUAUGAAAGUGGAGCUGAAGCGUAAAAAUUUAACGAUAAAAGGAAAACACUAGAAAUUCCCCGUCCUUCAUUAGCGUCGUGAAUCUUAACUGUUAUUAAGUUUGUGAUUUUUGGAUAAAAUUGAUUGUGAAAAAAAAAACAAAAAAUGGAGAGGAUAAUUAAGGUAGAUCAUUGUCGUCCAUAAGUUUGAAGGAAGAAUUUGAAUAGAAGUUUGUCAAUCAAGAAAUGAUACCUCUAACAGUACUUAGUAGAUUUGGAUGUAAUCGUGAGGAAGGCUACGAUUUUACCUAUAAAUAAAUCGAUCGAGUCCUUCAGGGUAGCCUUGAAAUUUCCAAUAGCCACAGCCUUCUGAGGCAGGCUUUGACUAAUGAACCCAUUGCAAUAAAUCCCAAAAAAAAACUAACUUACGAUCUUCUGAGGUAUGAACGAAGUUGGCUAGCUAAAUAAACCAUGAGUUUAUUUCCUUUUGCAUUAAAUAUACAAUGUCCAAAACAUGAAUGAAUCACUUCCUUUAAUUUGUCAGCCGUAAAUAAACAUUUAUGUUGAUGUGUUACCGUAUUAAGUAAGAAAGAAUACACUCUAUUAUAAGUGAAGGAAACAAAAGUAAGAAUAUUGUUGUAAAAAGCCUUAUUUUUGCAAGUAAAGAUACAGUUUCAACUACUACUAGCAAAUAAAAAGAUAAGAGAAAAGUCGCAAACCAAAUUAAAAA